AGGGGGCUGUGUGUGCUGGGAGCUUGGAAAGCAAGUGCCUCUGGGACUAUCCCCUCUGCAGACCUCCAAGAUCAUGCGGUACAUCAGCACCCGGGGGAUGGCCCCACCGGUCGACUUUGAGGGGGCCCUCUUCUCUGGCUAUGCACCUGAUGGGGGCCUCUUCAUGCCCGAGGAGCUCCCACAGCUGGACAGACAGACCCUGUGUCAGUGGAGCACGCUCUCCUAUCCUGGCCUAGUGAAGGAGCUGUGCACUCUCUUCAUUGGACCUGAGCUCAUUCCGAGAGAAGACUUAAAUGGUCUGAUCGACCAAGCCUUCAGCAGAUUCCAGCACAGAGAGGUGGUCCAUCUGUCCAGGUUGAAGAACGGGCUGAACGUGUUGGAGCUGUGGCAUGGAGUCACGUAUGCAUUUAAGGACUUGUCCCUGUGCUGCACAGCACAGUUCUUGCAGUACUUCCUGGACAAGAGAGAGAAGCACGUUACCGUGGUUGUAGGAACUUCUGGGGACACAGGGAGUGCUGCCAUUGAGAGUGUUCAAGGGGCAAAGAACGUGGACAUCAUUGUUCUACUGCCCAAAGGUCACUGUUCGAAGAUUCAGGAGCUCCAGAUGACAACGGUGCUGAAGGAGAAUGUCCGUGUGUUUAGAGUAGAGGGAAACAGCGAUGAGCUCGAUGAGCCCAUCAAGGCCGUGUUCACCGACGUGGCUUUUGUCAAGAAGCACAAUCUGAUGAGCCUGAAUUCCAUCAACUGGUCCCGGGUCCUCGUGCAGAUGGCCCACCACUUCUUUGCUUACUUCCGGUGUGUGUCCUCCUUGGACACGUGUCCCCUACCCCCCGUGGAGGUGGUUGUGCCAACGGGGGCUGCCGGCAACCUUGCAGAAACUGCACUAGGUGCUAGAGAUACAGAAACAAAUAAANAGGUGCCCUACAACAUGGAGAGGAUCUUCUGGCUGCUCUCAGGCUCUGAUAGCCAGGUGACAAGAGCCCUCAUGGAGCAGUUUGAAAGGACCCAGAGUCUGAAUCUACCCAGGGACCUGCACAGCAAGCUUUCAGAGGCAGUGACGUCUGCAUCAGUGUCGGAUGAGGCCAUCACCCAGGCCAUGGGCCGCUGCUGGGAUGAGAACCGGUACUUGCUGUGCCCUCACUCGGCUGUGGCUGCCAGCUGCCAUUACCAGUGGACAGACAGGCAGCAGUCCAGCAUCCCCCGGUGCUGCCUGGCCCCCGCCUCUGCGGCCAAGUUCCCGGAAGCUGUCCUGGCUGCAGGGCUGACCCCCGAGACCCCUGCAGAGAUCCUGGCCCUGGAGCACAAGGAGACACGCUGCACCCUGAUGCGGAGAGGUGAUGACUGGACGCAGAUACUGCGGGACACGAUCGAGGACUUAAGCCGGCGGUGGAGGGGUCAUGCCCCGAACUCCUCAGAAUAGCCAGGCUGGAAUUGGCCUCCUUUAGGCUCCAGAUCCCGGAGCGGGUAUGGCCUCUGAACUUGUGCCCUUUCUCCCAUCAAGAGUGGAAGUUGGAGGUCCUUGGGAGGCUUAGUUUAUCUGGCCCCCCAGCCAAAUCCAAAGGUCUUGGCCAGCUUGUUAGAAGCUUCCACCUGUUAAAAUGUUGGAAGUCCCUGGAAUAAAAGUGCUGUUUAGUGUGAUGGAAA